AUGGUUUUCAAUGUUAGCGAAUCAAUUUUGAACAGCACGCUCGCCAAUACCUCUAUUGACUACGAAAAAGACGAGCGAAUACAGCGCUUAGAACUCGAAAACAGUCGGCUGCAGGAUCGUUUGAGUAUAUUAUAUGAUCGUGCUCAGAAAUCUAUGUUGAUGGAGGAACAGAGAAACAAUGCUGAGCAAAAAUACACUAUGUUGGGGAGAAAUAUGGAAGAAAUACUAGCAGAACAACAGUCCUUGCGAUCUGCUUGUGCAAAAAAGUUAUUCGACAUCGCUGAUACUUCUCAGGGACGUUCUGCUGAAAUAAUAAAACGAAUCCAAGAUCUCAACGGGGAUAAGGAAUCGUUGCAAAAACGGUUGAGUUUGGCCCAUUCCGAAAUCAACAACGCUAAGGAGGAAAUAGACAAGCUCAAGAAUGAACGAAAUGAGCUGAUCAGGAAAGUGGAUGAAACAACUGCUGUAAGCGAGGAGCUCAGAAAUUCUCUACAUGGACAAAAGGAGAUGUGCUCGCACCUCACAAGGACAGUGGAAGAAAAGAAAACUGAGAUAUUAAAUAAACAAAGAGAACUUCUAGCUGUGCGCGAUGAAGUGGAAGGUUUACAACGUAAACUUACAGAGGUACAACUGCAGUUUUUUUUUACUGUUUCAUGA